AUGGCGGACAGCUCCGUGGCGGAGCAGCUGCUCCGGCGGCUGGAGGCGGCCGAUGGCGGCCUGGACAGCGCGCAGCUGGCGACCGAGCUGGGCGUGGAGCAUCAGACGGUGGUGGGCGCCGUGAAGAGCCUGCAGGCGCUGGGCGAGGUCAUUGAGGCCGAGCUGCGUUCCUCCAAGCGCUGGGAGCUCACCGCCGAGGGUGAAGAGAUUGCCCGGGAGGGCAGCCAUGAGGCCCGUGUGUUCCACAGCAUCCCCCCGGAAGGCCUGGCUCAGAGUGAGCUCAUGCGACUGCCGAGCAGCAAAGUGGGCUUCAGCAAGGCCAUGUCCAACAAGUGGGUCCGCGUGGACAAGAGUGCAGCGGAUGGUCCCCGCGUUUUCCGAGUGGCGAGCAGCGUGGAGGAUGAGGUGCAGCGGCGGCUCCGCCUGGUCCAGGGUGGGGAGGCUGAGAAGUUGGGUGAGAAGGAGAGGAGUGAGCUCCGGAAGAGAAAGCUCCUGUCUGAAGUGGUCCUGAAGACAUACUGGGUGAGCAAAGGCAGCGCCUUCAGCACCAGCGUCUCCAAGCAGGAGACAGAGCUGAGCCCCGAGAUGAUUGCCAGCGGCUCCUGGAGGGACCGGCCCUUCAAGCCCUACAACUUCUCGGCCCACGGCGUGCUGCCCCACAGCGGCCACCUGCACCCCCUGCUCAAAGUCCGCACCCAGUUCCGGCAGAUCUUCCUGGAGAUGGGCUUCACCGAGAUGCCCACGGACAACUUCAUCGAGAGCUCCUUCUGGAACUUUGAUGCGCUCUUCCAGCCCCAGCAGCACCCGGCCCGAGACCAGCAUGACACCUUCUUCCUGCGAGAUCCCGCUGAGGCACUGCAGCUCCCGAUGGAUUACGUUCACCGCGUCAAGCGGACCCACUCUCAGGGUGGCUACGGCUCGCAGGGGUACAAGUACCCCUGGAAACUGGAUGAGGCCCGGAAAAAUCUGCUGCGCACACACACCACGUCAGUGAGCGCCCGCAUGCUCCACCGCCUUGCCCAGAAGAAGCCCUUCACACCGGCCAAGUACUUCUCCAUUGACCGCGUGUUCCGGAACGAGACCCUAGAUGCCACGCACCUGGCCGAGUUCCACCAGAUCGAGGGGGUUGUGGCAGACCACGGCCUCACCCUGGGCCACCUCAUGGGCGUCCUGCGGGAGUUCUUCACCAAGCUGGGGAUCACCCAGUUACGCUUCAAGCCGGCCUACAACCCCUACACAGAGCCUAGCAUGGAGGUGUUCAGCUACCACCAAGGUCUGAAGAAGUGGGUGGAGGUCGGAAACUCCGGGCUCUUCCGCCCGGAGAUGCUGCUGCCCAUGGGGCUCCCUGAAAACGUCUCAGUCAUCGCAUGGGGCCUCUCCCUGGAGCGCCCCACAAUGAUCAAGUAUGGCAUCAACAACAUCCGGGAGCUGGUGGGCCACAAGGUGAACCUGCAGAUGGUGUACGACAGUCCCCUCUGCCGCCUGGACACCGAGCCAGCGCACGCCCAGAUGCAGGAGGCUGCAUGACGUGGGCCCCCAGGAAACCCACCUUCCUCCCAUCUCCCUCCUGCUCACCUCCUGUGAAUCUCUCCGUAGUUAACCCCUUCUAUUUAUGGGGCCUCUGUGAGGCCAGCCCCCGUACCCCACUACCUCUUCUUCCCCACCUGCCUCAGGGGAGCAGGAGCAAGUUCCAUCGACCUUCAUGAUCUGCUCCCCAACAAGGGUGAGCCACAGGUUGGCUGCUGGCUAAUAAAGUGGGCCGUCGCCCUCAUCUGGUGCCUUUC